AUGCCAGUUGGGGGCCUAUUUUGCCAAACUGUGUUCGGGGAAGAAGCUUGGCCUCUUGAGUUAGAGGACGUUGGGAAAAAGAAUGUGAAUGGUUGUAAGGGACUUCCACUGUCAAUUGCUGUGAUAGGGGGGCUUUUAUCAAAAUCUGAACGAACAAAAGAAAGUUGGGGAUUCUUUGAAAAUUUGGAGGAUAAUGAAAGUUGCUUGCAGGCCUACUCUUCUGCUUCUCAGUUCUCAAACCCAGAACAAAAAAAUAGGAGAGAAAUGGCUGCUUAUGGAGCUCUAGUUUCUGUGAUGCAUAUUAUAGAUCAAAUUCAAACUCUUCCAAGCUCUCCAAUUUCCAUUGACCAAAAUCAGGUUGAAUCUCUCACUCUAGUAAUUACUUCCUUGCAAAAAUUUCUUGAAAGCUAUUCUCCCCGUGGUGGCUACACUGAAGAAGAAGAUGUGUGGGAAAGCCGCAUUGCUGAAUAUGCUUACCUUGCUGAAGAUGUGAUCGAGUCUUAUAUUGCAGAUCAAAUUCGUGUUCGAUCAGAAGCUGAUGUAGAACACAUAAGCUCAUUUGCAUUCUAUAUAGGUCUGGAGAAUGUGAUAGAAAACAUGAAUUUCAUUAAGAUUGAGAUUGAUGAGAAGAUGGUACUCCAAGAUCAACUCCACAUCGUAAAGUCUGUGAGCACUGCUGCUGCUGUAGGCUCAUCUGGAUCUGCUUCUGCUGCUCGUGAGGUUACAAUGGUUGGUUUUGAUGAUGUCUUGUAUCAAAUGCUGGACAAGAUCACUGGAGAUGCACGGGAACGCCAAAUUCUACCAAUUGUUGGAAUGGGUGGGAUAGGCAAGACCACUCUUGCUCGAAAGAUCUAUGUAAGUCCACUUGUCCAACAACAUUUUGAUGUUUGUGCAUGGACUACAAUUUCUCAAGAGUAUAAUGCAAAAGAAAUUCUUAGACAAGUUCAUGAUCAAGUAGGCAUGGGGAAGGGGGAUGAUUUGAGUGAAGAUGAGUUAGGAGAUCAUUUGCACAAAUAUUUGUUUGGAAGGAAGUAUUUUAUUGUAAUGGAUGAUAUGUGGACUAUUGAGGCAUGGGAUGGAGUUAGAAGAUUCUUCCCGGAUAAGAGAAACGGGAGUAGAAUAGUAGUGACGACAAGGCUAUCAAACUUGUCGUCUCAUUUUAACUACUUCAAUGGUCUUGUUCUGAAAUUAUUGGAUGAGGACGCCGGUUGGAAUCUAUUUUCCAAAACUGUGUUUGAGGAAGAAAGUUGUCCUCCUGAGUUGGAGGACAUUGGAAAGAAGAUUGUGAGAGGUUGUAAGGGACUUCCAUUGUCAGUUGUUGUGAUAGGGGGGCUCUUAUCAAAGUCAGAACGGACAAAAGAAAGUUGGGGAUUGUUUGAAAAAGAUUUAAGUUCAAUUGUAAAUUCGGAGGAUAAUGAAAGAUGCUUGCAAAUAUUAUACAUGAGUUAUAAUAAUGUGUCAGUUCAUUUAAAACCAUGUUUUCUCUAUUUCGGAAGAUAUGCUGAAGAUGAAGUGAUUCGAGUAUCAGAGCUCAUCCUAGAUUUGUGCGCCGAAGGAUUCGUAAAACCAAUUAAUGGGAAAAGUUUGGAAGAGGCAGCAGAAAAGUACGUAGAAGAACUUGUUGAUAGAAAUCUCCUUAUAGUUGAAAAGCUCAGGCGUUGUGGGAAACUGAAAUCAUUGAAAAUGCAUGACCUGUUGAGAGAUGUGUGUUUGAGAGAAGCUCGAAAACUGAAGUUUCUAUAUGUGUUGGAAGAGAAGAGCAUUCCAAAGGGCAUAUAUCUUUAUCGCCGUAUUGCAAGCAGGUUACAACAAUGGGAAUAUCCAACUCAACUCAUUCAAUCUCUGAAAUUCGCACCAAGUGUCCGCUCUUUCUUUGGGAGAGCUCCAACGGAUUUGUCAAAUAAUUUUAGAUUGUUGAGGAUAUCCAUGUUUGAAGCAUACCCAGGGGUAGAUUAUGUGAAGAUUUUUCUUCAGCGAGUUAACAUGCGUCUUCUUGUUAUCGGGGUUGGUGAAUGUUAUUUAACCAACGUGCUUUCUUCCAUCUCUUUUCUCUGGAAUUUGCAGACAGUGAUUAUAGAUGAGGCAAGGUGGGAUCAUUAUUGUGAUAUUUGGAAGGUGCCUCAACUUAGGCAUGUCAAAUUCAUCAACCGGGUGGAUAAUGAUGGUAGAUUUUAUGUCCCCGUUCCUCGCAGUGACGAGGAGGAUAUGGUGAUGGAAAACCUACAGUCACUUUAUAUUGUGUACGAUCUCAAGUUUUGUGCUGGGGUGCUUAAAAGAAUCCCCAAUAUCAAAAAAUUGAAGUUGUGCUAUCAAAAAAACGAUCGAAAAGAAGAAGAUGAUGAUGAUUACCAACUCGACAAGAUUUGUUGCCUCCACAAACUCGAAUAUCUUACCCUUGAGUCUUCUAGAAAAUACAGCCAUUGGGUGCGACAAGUGAGCUUUCCAUGUUCCCUCACGAAGUUGACAUUAGAAGAUACCAAUCUUCCUUGGGAAGACAUGAAGACAAAAAUAGGUCCGUUGCCCCUUCUUCAAGUUCUCAAGCUCAAAUGGCGCGCCUUCAUUGGGUCUGAGUGGGAAACAUUGGAAGACCAAUUCUCGAAUCUCAAGUUCUUGUUGAUUGAGACCUGUGAUGUAGAGUGUUGGAUCACAGAAAACACCCACUUUCCACGCCUUGAGCACCUUCAUCUUCGCUCUGUAGAUAGGUUGAGGGAGAUUCCUUCAUGCAUGGGAGACAUACCAACACUUCUCUCAAUUAAGUUGUCGUGUUGUUGUGAUUCAGUGGUGGAUUCAGUUAGAAUAAUAAAGGAGGAGCAACAGGAACUCGGCAAUGAAGACCUUCAAAUCGUGACCACGAACAAAUAUUACUGGGUUAUAUAUGCCUUUAAUUUGUUGUUUGCUUUACUUGUUUAG